UCGUGGCGGCGCAAAUACAACUGCUGCACACGAAACUAAAGGCCGUGACCCCGGCUCCCCCUCAGCCGGAAACGGCAGCAUCGCCGCCGUUGGCCCUCGCAGACCCACUCCCGGCCGAAAAGGAGCCGCAACCACACGACAAGGCAGAGGGCAACGGUGAAGAAGAAGAAGAAGAAGAGGGUGAAGAAGAGGAAGAAGAGGGGGAGGAAGAGGAAGAAGAGGGAGAGGAAGAGGAAGAGGAAGAAGAGGGGGAAGAAGCGGAGAGUGAUGCGGUGUGGCAGGCAACGGAGCGAAGGCCGUCGCGCUACGUAGACCCCACAGCGAUGAUGUUUGCAUCGCCGCUGCCUGUCGGCGACGACAACCAGGACAACCGCCGCCGCAACGGCAGUGGGGCAGCCGACGGGGCCAAGCCCUCCGCCCGCGAAGGAGCUGGCUGA